AUGUUUGCAAAAGGCAAAUCUGGCCGUGAAUUUUAUGAGAUAUGCCGUGUUUGUGGAGAUGGACAUGCAAGAAUGCAUUAUGGAGUUUUGACAUGUUUCGGAUGUAAAGGGUUCUUCAGAAGAACCCUUAAACGUACAUCUGAAUAUUCGUGUAGACAUCAAGGCAAUUGCAUUGUUGAUAAACAUGAACGCAAUUCCUGUCGAUUCUGCAGAUUCAAACGCUGUCUCGAAGUGGGUAUGGAUCCAAAAGCUGUCCGUCCGGAUCGAGAUGCUACUGGUCGGCAUUACCAGACCAAGGUGCGACGACUAAAAUUUACAUCUGGUGACGAAAGCUCUGAUGAAGCAAUAAUCACGGAGGAUUGGAGUCGUAAACUUUCGGUUGAAAUGAGAACGAUUUUAAUGCAGUUGAUGAACAUCGAAAUUAUGGUAAACCGUGGUGAUACUAAUCAAAAAGCAGUCGAUCUAUAUCCUCUACCAUUCAAUUCGAUUCAACAGAUCUUGAAUAAUCCUUCUUUAUUGAAUGGAAAGCGAACUGAGGUGGUUCGAUAUGAACCAUAUCGGCAAGUUGAAAACAAUGAACUAGUAGCUGUCGCUCAUCGACGCUUAAUUGUUACAAUCGACUGGGUAAAUCAUCUAUUUGAUAUGAUGGAUCUGACCGGAUUUGAAGAUAAAAUUGCACUUAUAAGAAAUGGAUUUGCACCUCUGAUGAUCUUCAGCUUUGCAGCUGCAACUGCUAAAACAACGAAAGAAAAAGAUAUCAUUUGUUUGUGCAGCAGCGGAUAUGUUCCACGAAAUGUACACAGUAUCUUUAAUAAACCAUAUCAUUUGGCAAAUCGUAUAAUUGAACGAACCAUCGAUGAACUAACACAACCAUUUCGAAAUUUGAAUUUUACGGAAGAAGAAAUUGUUCUAAUGAAAGCAAUAAUCAUCUUAAAUCCUCAUGUUAAGGGAUUAUCGAGUGAUGCGACUGAUCAGGUAGCCGAUUUACGUGAUCGGAUACAAGAAGUGCUAUACCACGUGGUAAGAGAAACACAUCCAAAAGAAGUCGCUUCAUCAAGAUUCGGCAAUCUUUUAUUAUUUUUGCCUACGAUUAUGAUCCUUGGGAACAUUAUGUGUGAAAAUAUACAACUGAUGCAAUCGUUUGAACGGAAAGAUGCUGAUCAAAUGCUUCUUGAUUUAUUCGAAACUGAAGCGGUUCCGACGCAUGAAAUUCGGAAGCCAAUAGACCCGUGUUGUAGUUCUGAAUCCAUAGAAUUCCGUACAUCUAUGGCAUAUAAUUAUGGAUAUAUUGAGCCAUCGUCUUCGUCAUCAUCUAUAUCUUCAAUCGAAUUUUUGCCACAGCUGUCAUCAUUCGAUCAAAGAAGAUAUAUGGAUUCAACAAAUUCUUUGCAUGAUAUGCUUUCGGAAUGUAUAACUGAAUCCGAUCCAGAUUACAACACAACACUUACACCUGAUACAUUCAACGAAAUGCAGCAAGCUCAUACUGGUAUCAAUGUUAUAGACAUCGACUACCAUGGAACUCCUCCUAACUCUCCUGAAUUCAGCCUUGUUCAGUUCUCACGUCCAGAAUUUUACAUUGGUCAGUAG